AUGGCCUUGGACUUGGAGCAACAGGCCGCCAUCCUCGUCGCCAUCAAGAACUCAUUCUCUCCUCCGCCGCCAGCUCUACACGCCACCUGGACGCUCGCCAACCACGCCGCCAUAUGCCACUCCUGGCCGGCCGUCACCUGCGACAACCUCAACAACAACCGCAGCGCCGUCGUCUCACUCGACCUCUCUGCCCACAACCUGUCUGGCAUGCUCUCCCCUGCCAUCGCCGGCCUCACCGCUCUCCGACACCUCGACCUCUCCUCCAACUCCCUCUCCGGCGAGCUUCCCGCGUCCCUCGCUGCUCUCCACAGCCUCCGCCACGUCAACCUCUCCAACAACCAGUUCAACGGCACACUACAGCGACUCGACCUCGCGGCCAUGUCCUCCCUCCGCGUGCUCGACCUCUACGACAACGACCUCGCCGGCCCGCUCCCCCGGACAUUGCCGUACGAGACGCUCGUCCACCUCGACCUCGGCGGUAACUUCUUCUCCGGCAUUAUUCCCGGCACCAGCUUCGGCCGGUUACAGGCCGUCGAGUUCCUAUCACUCGCUGGCAACAGCCUCACCGGCGCCAUCCCGCCCGAGCUCGGCCGCCUCGCCGCCCUGAAACAGCUCUUCCUCGGCUACUUCAACCAGUUCGACGGCGGCAUCCCGCCGGAGCUCGGGCGCCUCGCAAACCUCGUCCACCUCGACCUCGCAAAUUGCGGCCUGACCGGCGGGAUCCCGCCGGCGCUGGGCAGCCUCGCGAGGCUCGACACGCUGUACCUGCAGACGAACCAGCUCAAUGGCACCAUUCCACCGGAGCUCGGCAACCUCACCGCGCUCCGCUUCCUCGACGUCUCCAACAACGCGCUCACGGGGGAAGUCCCGCCGGAGCUCGCCGCGCUGCGGGAGCUCAGGCUGGUCAACAUGUUCAUCAACCGCUUCCGGGACAGCGUCCCGGGGUUCCUCGGCGAGCUCGAGCACCUCGAGGUGCUCAAGCUGUGGCAGAACAACUUCACGGGCGCCAUCCCGGCGGCGCUCGGCCGCGCUGCACCGCUCCGGGAGGUGGACCUUUCGACGAACCGGCUGACGGGCGAGGUACCGCGGUGGCUGUGCGCGCAGGGGCAGCUCCAGAUCCUCAUCCUCCUCGACAACUUCCUAUUCGGCACCGUGCCGGACGGGCUCGGCGCGUGCACGACGCUCACGCGGGUGCGCCUUGGCCAGAACUACCUCACCGGCGAGCUCCCACGCGGUUUCCUCUACCUGCCGGCGCUCACCACCGUCGAGCUGCAGAGCAACUACCUCACGGGCCACAUUCCUUCGCCCGCACCAGCGACGGCGAUGACGAACAAAAGUAACGUUCUGUCGUUGCUGAACCUGUCGAGCAACAGGUUCAACGGCUCGCUGCCAGCGUCCAUCGGCAGCUUCUCGUCGCUGCAGACGCUUCUCCUCGGCGGCAACCGUCUAGCCGGUGUGAUCCCAAAACAGGUCGGUCGGCUCAAGCGGCUGCUGAAGCUGGACAUGAGCGGCAACAACCUCACCGGCUCGGUCCCCGACGAGAUCAGCGAGUGCGUGUCGCUGACAUACCUGGACCUGAGCGCGAACCAGCUCUCCGGCGCCGUCCCGGGCGUGGCGCUGGCGCGGAUUAAGGUGCUCAACUACCUGAACGUGUCAUGGAACCGGCUCGACGGCGCCGUGCCGCCGGAGAUGGGCGGGAUGAAGAGCCUCACCGUGGCCGACUUCUCCCACAACGACUUGUCCGGGCGCGUGCCGCGGGACGGGCAGUUCGCCUACCUGAACGCCACGUCGUUCGCUGGCAACCCGCGGCUGUGCGGGAUGGACGCGUCCAGCCCCUGUGACCUGACAACGUCUGGCCCACAGCUCUGGCCGGACGGCGGUGGCGGCGAGGCGGCAACGAAGGUGUCAUCCGUGUGGGGCGCGCGACUGAAGCUCGCGGCGGCGCUGGGGCUGCUGGCGUGCUCGGUGGCGUUCGCGGCGGCCGCGGUGGCGACGACGCGGUCGGCGAUGCAGAGGAGGCGGCUGAGGCAGGCGAGCGGCGGGUGGCGGAUGACGGCGUUCCAGAAGGUGUCGUUCGGGUGGAGCGACGUGGUGGGGUGCGUGAAGGAGAACAGCGUGGUGGGGCGCGGCGGCGCCGGGGUGGUGUACCGCGGGACGAUGCCCGGCGGGGAGCUCGUGGCGGUGAAGCGGAUCGCGGCGGGCGUGGACGGCGACGACGACGACGGCGGGUUUUCGGCGGAGGUGCGGACGCUCGGCAAGAUUCGGCACCGGCACAUCGUGCGGCUGCUGGCCUUCUGCUGCUCCGACGCAGGCGGCAAGGGCAGGGGCAAGAGCAGGAGGAGCAACCUGCUGGUGUACGAGUACAUGGUGAACGGCAGCCUGGGCGACAUGCUGCACGGCGGCGACGGCGAGGCCAGGACAAUGACGUGGGCGACGCGGGUGCGGGUGGCGACGGAGGCGGCCAUGGGGCUGUGCUACCUGCACCAUGACUGCUCGCCGCCGAUCCUGCACCGGGACGUCAAGUCCAACAACAUCCUCCUCGAUGCUGCAAUGGAGGCGCACGUCGCCGACUUUGGGCUCGCCAAGUACCUCCGCCACGGCGGCAACGGCGCCGCGUCGGAGUGCAUGUCCGCCAUCGCCGGAUCGUACGGAUACAUCGCGCCAGAGUACGCGUACACGCUGAAGGUGGACGAGAAGAGCGACGUGUACAGCUUCGGGGUGGUGGUGCUGGAGCUGGUGACGGGGCAGCGGCCGGUGGGGCCGCACCUCGGCGAGGAGGGCGGCACGGACCUGGUGCAGUGGGUGCGCGCCCGCGUCGGCGUCGACCACGCCGGCGUGGCCGGGAUCCUGGACCCGCGGCUGCGCGGCGACGUGCCGGCGUGGGAGGCGGCGCAGGUGCUGCUGGUGGGGCUGCUGUGCGUGCAGGAGCAGAGCGUGGAGCGGCCCACCAUGCGCGACGUCGUCCACAUGCUCCAGCAGGCGCGGCAGCCACAGCAGCACGCUCCUCGAGGCGGCGGACCAGCGCCCCCGAUUCCUGGCGGUGUCCGGCAGGACGACGGCGAUACGACAGACGAGGCUGCCGGAGACAGUUGGCCGGAGAGGAGGAGGACCGUGAUCCCUUGA